AUGGCACCAGUCGCCGUUUCACCUCAGGCCUCCCCCAUCUUCAACAAGCGGGACGGCCAGGCACUCGAGGACCUCUCCGAUGCCAUCGACGAGGUCAAUGUCCUUAAGGACACCCGAAAGCGUGAGGCUGAGAAGAAGAUCGCUGAAGAGAAGGGUCUAUACGAAGAGUCCGAGUUCGACAAGGAGAAGGACAAGACCAACUUCCGCCAGUACGAAGACGCCUGCGAUCGCGUCAAGAACUUCUACCAGGAGCAGCACACCAAGCAGACAGUGGCCUACAACCUGCGUGCCCGCCACGCCUUCCACAGCAAGACUCGCGCAGAGAUGACCGUCUGGGAAGCCAUGGAGAAGCUCAACACCCUAAUCGAUGAGUCCGACCCCGACACCAGCCUCUCCCAGAUCGAGCACCUGCUCCAAUCCGCCGAGGCCAUCCGCCGCGACGGCAAGCCCCGCUGGAUGCAGCUGACCGGCCUGAUUCACGAUCUGGGUAAGCUCCUCUUCUUCUUCGACGCUGACGGCCAGUGGGAUGUCGUCGGUGACACCUUCCCCGUCGGCUGUGGCUUUGACGAGAAGAUCAUCUACGGCCGCGAGUCGUUCAAGGGCAACGAGGACUUUGGGCACCCCAUCUACGACACCAAGUUCGGUAUUUACACUCCCGGCUGCGGUCUCGACAAGGUCAUGCUCUCUUGGGGUCACGAUGAGUACCUCUACCACAUCGCGAAGGAGCAGUCCACUCUCCCCGCUGAGGCGCUUGCCAUGAUCCGAUACCACUCGUUCUACCCCUGGCACAGUGCUGGCGCAUACCACGAGCUGAUGGAUGACCAUGACCGUGAUAUGCUCCGUGCUGUUAAGGCUUUCAACCCGUAUGACUUGUACAGCAAGAGCGAUGGUAUUCCCAGUGUUGAGGAGCUGAAGCCUUACUACAUGGAGCUCAUCAAUGAGUACUUCCCUACUAAGGUUCUCAAGUGGUAG